AUGCCCCCCCACCCUUCCUGUUUUUCUUCCUCCCACGAAGACAACCACACAGGAGAAUAUGUGGAAGAGAGCAUCUCAGCUGAAGUCAUUUGGGAUGGAGCGGAGAAAGGAAUGGGAGAUGCUACCGGAAUCUUGUUUUUGCUAGAUCUUUCUCCAAGUCGAACGCCGCAGAGGCGCCACGCCCUCUGCGUCCUGGCGGCGGGCUGGCGCGACCUGGAGCACCGCCAGAAACGCAGCGCGCUGCUGAAAGGAGAGGCUUGGAGGUGGGUGGGAGUUCUUUCUGGAAACUUAUAUCACCGGUUCUUCUCUGUAACCGGAGAGAUCGUGGGAGGUGGGGAGGUCGGGAAGCCCAGGAGCGAACGAGGAAGGGGGCACCCCUUGCCCACUGAGGCUUGGCCUGGAGCUCAAGACGUUCUGAAAUUUGAUUUUAAAGUAAAGAAGCUGGACUCUGAGGCUGUGGCCAUGCUGCAGUGGGUGUGGAAGCUGGAGAGAGGAGAUCACGCAGAAGUUACGCGGCGAGCCUAG